AUGGCGGGGCAUCUGCGACCCGUGGGUCCCGCUAUUUUGGCCGUUCUUUGGUGCUUUGGCUUCCAUCCUUAUUCAUCGCCGAAGGCCCCUGACCCGUUAACCAUCACCGCGACCUGCGUUCUGUUCCAUGCGCGCGCCGAAGAUAGCGUAAUCUUGGGACAGAUUGUUUCCGAUCUUGCCAUCUCUGGAAAGCGCUACGGUGAUGCGAUUUGGGCGCGGUACCAUAUAGAUGGACGCGCCACAGGUGGUAUCUACUCAGAUCUGCGCGAUAAUGGGAAGAUGCCCGAGACCGGGAACUUGCGGAAGGACAGGGUCGUCUUGCCUGGCUACUGGGUGAGUGGGAAUCAUUGUGCUGCAGGUAAACCAGAACCUAUGACUGCUCCUUUCCCUGCAAUGCACGAUAGCACAAUACACGCGUAG